UUUGAUCAGGCGCACAGUAUAGCCACCUAUGCCGGGAGGUCCCGCACUGGCUGUGUGUUUGGUAAGACCGCCGGACGCUCAUCGAAGCUGCGUAACUUCUAGCGGCCGAGGAGGAACUUCUGGCACUUCGACACGAUUUCACGUCCUAAGACUCAGGUUGACGGUUUGACAUCACAGCCCACAUGAACUUCACCAAGUCCAGGACUGCCGUCAGCAGCCUCGUGGGUCAGUUGCGCAGACAUGUGUUUGAGACAGGGAGUCGAAGAAGGUUUUGCAGUAAACCUCAAGAGGCAAAAGCCGAGCCUCCGCCCGCAGCUCCAGCUCAUGCACCACAUCUUGGGUUCAAGAUCCCAGGCUAUAGGCCAUCAGAUAUGGAUAAGAAGAUUCUAGUCUGGUCCGGACGCUUCAAGACUGUAGACCAGAUACCAGAGCUUGUGUCGUUUGAAAUGCUUGAUGCUGCUAAAAACAAGGUUAGAGUGAAGGCCUGUUAUGGGAUGAUGGUGGCCACCAUUGGAGCCUGUCUCUUGAUGGUCUUCUUGGGCAAACGGGCUGCUGGCAGGCAUGAGUCUCUAACCAGCCAGAACAUGGAAAAGAAAGCCAGGUGGAGGGAGGAAAUGCAGAGAGAAAGGGAAGCCGCUGCAGCCGCAGCCAUGUCUGAAAAGCCUCAGUGAUUGGGACCGAUGUUUUUUCAUCACCCAACCUGUUAUGUCCCCACAAAAAACGGGGUUCCCCAGGGUCUCCUUUUUCCUUGUUGUUACCAUGUUACAGCCCCCAACUCACACCUUCUGUGGGCAGGUAGAGGUACCAAAUGAUAUCCCAAGACUGGAUAUCAAGUAGCAUAGCCAGUGCUCCUACUACAACCAUGAGACUGUUAAUGCGUGAAGCUCUUAAGCUUGAGGAACACCUAUUAUGAGUAGUUUGAUUCAAAAUUACUUGAUGUUUGGUUUGAGAGAAUAUAUAAAGAUUAAAAAAACUGGCACCUGUUCUGAGGAUUCUCCAUGAACAAUUUGUCUGAGCAGCAGAUGGUGACUGUGCUCCACUACAUUGUAAAUACACACUUCUUCGUAAGCGAGGGGAAACAUCUGAUGUGAAAAUAUGUAGUGGUGUUUGGUGAGAGUCGAAGGAGAAAGGAAAACCUCGGAAUGACAAGUGUGUUGAUUGCAAAUAAGUUUUAAGUGCUGAUGGCUUUUCAUCUGUGAAAUGCUUGGUAUAUUGUACAGAUAUCUUAGGAGAGUUGGGUCCUAGGUGGUUUUAGUCGAUCUAGUUCUCAAUGUGAGACCAUUGGCGGUAGAUAGAAGCCAUCUUGUUGUUCACUGCUUGGUUCUGUCCUUUGCUUAUAUCCACGUCAACAGGACUGCAUCUGUAAUGAUCUUAUUAAAGUUGUGUAUUGUUGAACCGAUCGGAUGAUCACAAGAAAUAAAACCAGUACUCUUUAUGACUUGCUGUCA